UCAAUAUUUAAGAAAUAAUCCAAGUCAGUUAGCUGGCGUACGCGAACGAGCUCACACAGUUACAUAAAUUAUACAUCUAUUAAGUAAUCAAAAUGAAAUUCGCAUCGAUUCUGUUCAUAGUUCUGGUGUCGUGUAUAUGCGCCAGUUAUUGUAAAGAUCUGAUAGUGGGAACCAGCUUCAAUCAUAGAUUAGUGUGGCAAGAAAAGGCUGAGUACAAUGCUAUACCAUUGAAGAAGAGGGUUAAGGAGGUAUUCUUCUCGGAUCCAGGACAACAGAUCAUUAAGGGUAUUAUCGCUCGGGACUUGGAUCACACAGAGGCAGUGGCUACUAUAACUGCGGGAGGCGUUGGACAAUCUUACGCCAACAUCAGGUUAAAGAGUGAACGUGGAUCUGGUCUUAACUAUCAAAUCGAAAUAUAUGUCUAAAUUAUGAAAUAAACCAAUUAUAUCGAGUAUAUGUAAUUUCUCUUAGGUAGUUACCUACUGAAUCGGCACAUGAUAAUUUACUGUUUUUCAAUUCAGCAA